CCCUCCCCAAUCAGUGUGGCCCACCUGUCGCUCUUUAUCAGCGGCUCUCCGUGCAGCAUGGCCGCUCACUCUCUGCUCCAGGCCUCCGCCGACACCCCGUGGAUAAGUAGCUGCAGCGGCCCGGCACGUGGAACUCUGUCUCCGGCUGUGAUCAUGGCCAGGACUGGUUUCUGCGACUCCAAGCCCCUGCUGGACUUACACAAGAAGGCGGAUGAGAGGCGAGCCCCGUUAAGAACUUGGUCCAAUGCCUGUGGGCCUAUAGAUCGGUGGCAGCCUGUGGAAGUAGAAGAGUCCAGGAUGGCCCCUGUCAAAAUGGAGCCAGAACGCAGAUGGGAAAGGAGGUUAUCGGCACAAACAAGCGAAGGCAUCAUCAUGGGCUUCCAUGACGACAGUUUAUCACACUCAGCUGCAGAUGGGUGUGUGGAGGAGCCUGCGCUCCUUUACCCUCAUGGGCUGCAGGGUCUUCACAGCCUACAGGCACUGGUGCCCAGCUUGCUGCGCCAUGAGGUGGAGACGGCACUGGAGAAACUGGACCUCAUAUGGGACCGAGCGUACGCUUGGGAUAUGUUCUUGGAUAUGAUGAGAACUCAAACACUAAACUCUUUUCCCAACGCGGAGCUGCCGAGGCAUUUUACUGAUUCCACUCGUUCUGUGCUGGUAGACUGGCUCAUUCAAGUGCAUGAGAUGAUGCACUUUCAGGAGGAGACCCUCUAUCUGGGCAUACACCUCCUCAACCGCUCCCUGCGUGAGAUCAAGGUCACCACGGUCAACCUGCAGCUCCUUGGCAUGGUUUGCCUCUUCCUCGCUGCGAAGAAGGAAGAGUGUCUCCUGCCUGAGGUGUCUGGACUCUGCUACUUGAUGGACCACACCUACACAAAGCAUCAGCUGCUGCGAAUGGAGCGUAAAGUCCUCUUAGGGCUCAAGUUCGAUUUGUCCUACUGUCCCCCCCUGCACUUCCUCCUCCUCCUCGCCUCGAUCGCUCGCUGCAGUGCCAUGGUGGUGUGGAUGUCUCGCUAUCUGCUGGAGCUGUCUCUCCUGGAGGGCCAGUGUGUGGUGUUUCUGCCCGUGCAGCUGGCAGGAGCGGCCCUCUGCGUGUCCCGCCAAGUUCUGCAGGAGCCCCUGACGCCAGAAGGGGAGGCUGCGUGGUGUCUGGCCUCCAGUGUCCAUGUCGGCAGUGAGUCCGCCCUGCUGAGGAUCAUGCACAUUCUGGCCAGUGCUGCAGCGAAGGCCCACACCCGAGAGACCUGCGCUACUUUUAUUAAAUUCUCCUCCCCAGAGACCAUGAAGGUCAGCAUGCACCCUGGUCUAAAGAACACCGUCGGUCUGCUGGGUGUAUGCUCUUGACAUUCCUGACUCCCAGAAACCAAAUAAUAUGCCGAAGCUUCAAAGUAGAUGCUUGACCAGUAUCACUUGAGGACUUGACUCCUGUGUGGUCCAGUCCUCUGACCAAGACUGUUUAUUCUUUGCUGUGGACCCUGAAGAGCUACCAUGGAAUUGGGUGAGGAAGAAGUAAGAAAGAUGUUGAUGCCAAACAUUGUUUGACAAAGGAUUGUAUUGCACUUUGCAUGUAUGUGAUUUAGCUAACGCAGUGGGACACCCGUUUUAUGAUCUUAUCCUGCAGCCGAUUUAGAAAAUAUUUGAAUUGUAUUGAUGUGUCCUUGUCUUGUCAUUUGUGAAGAGAAUUUGGGCUGUCUAUCAAGGUAUUUUUCAAAGUUUUAAUGUAAAAAUAAAGUGUCUGC